CAUUUAACAACCCGGGAACGAGGAAGAUGCAGAAAUUCAAAAAAUAAAAUUCAGGAAAACCGCACGACGAACGCUGAUUCUAGCACGUGCGUAUGAUUCUCAGGGGAUGGUCGGACAUUCAAACGUCUUUCGACGAGUCCGAUGGAAAUCGUAGCCGAAGACGGUUCGAAAAUCCUUUUGAAGAAGGGAUGCAAGAAAGAGAUGGGAAGAGGAGCUUUAGGGUUCGAUUCGAAGGACCGAACCGUUUCUCGCCGUCACGUCAUGUUCGAACUUCACCGAUGCGGUGACGAAACGCUCCCAGAAAGGGUUUAUGUCGAAGCAAUUGGGAAGAACCCUAUCUGGGUUUACAACAGAGCAAGCAACGAAAUCAAGGUCUUCAGGAGGUCGGAGGGCGGUGAAAUGGAUGCCGGGGACAUGCUCUGCCUUUCUGCCGAGAAACCCCUUUGGUUCACUCUGAAAGCAUUCAGUUCUGAUGGCGAAGAUGAUAGCGAAAUCAUAAAGAAGAAGGAGAGCGAGAGAGAAUUGGGGUUGAAGAACGAAAAUCAAUUGGUCGAGAGCUUACAUAACUGGCGUAUUGGACAUUUAGAGCUCGACUCCAUUGAUGUUUCAGACAUAGACCCAGUAAAAGAGUUUGGGUUUCUUGUAAUGGAGCAUGAGUUUGACCACUAUCCAAAGCAAAUGAUCCGCCAUCCCAGGGCAUGGAACUGGUUCCUGGAGGAACUUGAAGAAGACAGCAUCAAUGAUGAAGUUCUCAAAAAUAAAGGGAAGAACAGUACCAGGAGAAAAAGGAAAAAAGAUGGAGACAGUGAUGACAAGGAAUGGACAGGUGAGAGUGAAGAUGUUGAGAAAUUACAAAACUUAAAGAAGGCGCAAAGGCCUAAAUAUUCUACUAGAUUGAAAGAUCGCAACAAAACUGUUACGGGCACAGAAAUUGAUAGAGAUUCAGUGCCAAAGGAAGCUAACUGCCCAAAUGAAGGUGACGAGGAAGCUGAUGACACCCUAGGAGGUUUUAUUGUAAAAGAUGAAUACAUGGAAGAAGCAGGAGAAGAAAUUGAUGAAGAAGAGGAAGAGGAAGAUUUUGAUGAUGAUGAUGACGAUAAUGAAGAUUAGUACAACAUGGCGUCUGAUAGAAAUAUCACUAUACAUGAUUGAAGGUUAGCGGUUGUAAAUACUAGGUAAGCGAGUUUUUGUAACCUAAAAGCUUGUGAUGUCAUUUUUGUUGUGAUGUUUAACAUUCAAAAUGUUCCAUGCCUUUUCUUUACAUUUUCUCGUGCUAUUACAAUCUUGUAUUAUCUCCUCAUGCUUAUCUUCCUUAUCAAAGUUGUUUUUUUGUGUUGGCUUACCAAUUUUUGUUUGUGAUGAAUG